AUGCUGCAGGUGGGGCUCGAGCUGCCCCAGAGCCCCACAGGGGUGGCCGCCAACUCCCCCAUGGCUGAGCCGGCCCAGGGCGACGAUCACGGCGCUGGGAAAGAGAUAUUUGGCUCAUCUCCAGUCACCGUCGUGAUCACGUCUGAGGAUGACACUUGGGACAUCAACACCUCUUGUCUGGGCUGUGGACAGUUCGUGGACUGGGACAGGAUGCCAGAACUGGAGCAGCAGGUGGAUAUCCCUGAAGACAUCCUCAGCAGGUCCCCAAAGGAGCUGAAGAAGCUGGCAAGGGAGGGCUACUGGGCAACCAGCCGAGAUCUGAGAGCUCAGGUGUACCACCAGCUCAUCCAGCAGGUCUCCUGCCGCCUCGUCACCCCAGAUGCUCACGUCUACAGAGACGUGGCGGGUCGGCUCUUUGGGAAGCUGAGCGUGAGCUCCCACCCUUUGCCCGAGUUCCUGGAAGGAUGCUCCAUGCCCACCUACUGCCUCAACCUGGAAGGAGUCACUGCCUUGAAGAAGAUCCUCAUCUGCAUUGGCAACCUUUUCCCUGACAUAACCUACAGCCCGGUGCUGCCUUCCCUCGUGGCUCUGCUGCUGCACUACAGCCAAGACGAAGCUCAGUGCUUCGAGAACAUCUCUCGCCUCAUCGCCAGCAACACUCCCCACACCAGCUACAUCGACCAGUCCUUCGUGGCUCACCAGGCCUCCUGCAUGACUUUUGGGGAUCUGGCCAACAAGCACUGCCCAGCAGCUCACAGGCUUAUAGCCAGCACCUCUGAGAAUGUCUUUGAGGUCUACUCCGAAUGGUUGUCGUGGCUCUUCCAUGACCUGCCGUUCAGUUACGCCAUCCGCAUCUUCGACACCUUCCUGCUGGAGGGGCAGAAGGUGCUGUACCGCAUCGGCCUGGCCCUGCUGAAGCAGUACAGGCUCUCAGUCACUCCCAGCGAGCUGGAGGGCACUGACAUCAAGGCAGACCUGCAGGCUUUUGUGCAGAACAUUGCCAGGCACGUGACUGUCGACAAACUCCUAGAGAGAGCCUUUGGCAUCCGGCUGUUCUCCCGCAAGGAGAUCUGGCUGCUCCAGAUGGCCAACAGGAAGGCACUGAUGGAGAGGGGCAUAAGCAUGGUGCAGAGCAGGCAGUCCUUCCACCUGGCUGUGGACAUGCAGAGCUUCAGCUCCAGCAUUGUGACACCUCAGGAGAUGCGCAUCGUCUGGUCCUGGAUCCCCGAGCGCUUCUCCCUCUUCCCCCCACUGCUGCUCUUCUCCAACUCAGAAGAUGGGUGCAGCCUGCAGAGGUUUUACACGUGCUGUGAAGGCUAUGAACCAACAGUGCUGCUCAUCAAAACAACUGAGGGCGAGGUGUGUGGGGCAUUUCUCUCCUCUGACUGGAGCGAAAGGAAAAAGAGCGGGGCAACGUCGGGCUUUUUUGGGACAGGAGAGUGUUUUGUGUUCACUGUGCACCCUGAGGCAGAGAGGUAUGAGUGGGUGUUCAUCAAGAAGCCAGAGCUGGCCAAGACUGUGCCACGCUCGCGCCAGCGCUCGCGGUCGCCGUCUCCUGCAGUCCUCAGCUCCUCCCCAGACAGCCACAGCACCAGCUCCAACCAUCUCACCGUGCCCACGCCACAGAGGAAGGGCCGUCUCUCCCCGUUCCUGGCCAUCAGGCAUUUCCUUCUGCCUUCUAAAACAGCCUCCAUGUUCAUGUCUGGGUCUCGGGAAGGGAUCGUUAUUGGUGGAGGAGGUGGCCAAGCUCUGUCCCUCGAUGCCAACCUGCUCUGGGGGCACACAGAGCACUGCGAGACCUUUGACAAUCCUCCGCUCUGCCAGGAGGACUUCAAGGUGCAGCUCUUGGAAGUGUGGGGCUUUCAAAACACCUAA